AGACAUUCGUGUCUCGCCAUCUAGUCGUCGAAUUUAGAAUAGAGCAAAGGCGCAAGCGUGACACGUUUACGUCCUACUGAUAAUAAUUAUAUCUCGGGAGAAUAAUUAUACGUGGGAAAAACGAUACUAGAAUUUAAUCCGUCGACGUUAAUUUACAAUUUUUUUUUAAACAUCAGAAAAUAUAUAGCUCCGAGAAAAGAAGUCCGGCGCAUCGUUCAUUUUUCGAAUGUCUUCCCACAUUGAUUGACGCAGUCCACCAUCGAAUUGCCGCGCUUUCAUUUCUAUCUUUUUGAACUAUAUAUUUCAAAAUGGGCGGCAACAAUACUGGAAGGAGCAUCUUCACUUACGAUACUCUGGUACACGCGUUGUCAGGCGCGGCUGGUAGCGUUAUCGCUAUGGCAACCUUCUUCCCGCUGGACACCGUACGAAGCCGAUUGCAACUGGAGGAAAAUAGAGAAGCAAAGAAUACACUAGCGAUGAUACGUGAGCUAACUUCGAAGGAAGGACCGCAUACUUUGUACCGAGGAAUGGUACCCGUUCUUCAAAGCCUUUGUGCCAGUAAUUUUGUUUAUUUCUACACGUUCCACGGUUUGAAGAUGUUGAGAAGUAGAAGAAAUCAAACAGCCAGGAAUGAUCUUUUGGUAGCAUCGAUCGCAGGCACGAUCAUAAACUUUUUUCUUCUACACAAUUUUUACGAUGUUAAUUUUCUUUGUAACGCAUCCAACCAUUCUCUCUCUCUCUCUCUCGCAGGUGUGAUCAACGUGCUGACAACGACACCCCUUUGGGUAGUUAAUACAAGAUUGAAAAUGAAAGGGAUCAGUAGUGUCGCUGAAAAAAACAAUAACGAUUAUAACACAUUGUACGAUGGUCUUUUGCAUAUAUGGAAGUAUGAAGGAUUAGAAAAAUUAUGGGCAGGUACGUUUCCCAGUCUGCUUCUCGUUGCAAAUCCAGCUAUUCAAUUCAUGACAUACGAGAGUAUAAAGAGGAAAAUCGAUGCUUCCUCUUCUGGCAUUCAACCACCAGCUUGGGUCUUUUUCACUAUUGGUGCGAUCGCGAAAACGGUCGCUACGACGUUAACUUAUCCUUUACAAUUAAUACAAACGAAACUGAGGCACGGGCACAAGUAUCCUGACUUGCCACCGAAUGCUGGAACUAUCCAAAUUCUUUUUUAUAUUUUAAAAAAACAAGGCAUACUUGGAUUGUACAAGGGGAUGGAAGCAAAACUUUUGCAGACCGUCUUAACUGCCGCAUUGAUGUUUCUAACUUACGAGAAAAUAUCAAGAUUUGUAUUUCGUAUUCUCCUUCAUAGACCUGGUGUCAGAUAACGAUACGAUUAUGUGUUUAGAGGAUGUAUUUAAGCAUAAAUCGGUUAAUCGGGAAUUUAAAUAAAUAUAUAUAUAUAUAUAUAUA